CUCGCUUCCCUCAGCCCAAGCACCGUUGGACACUAGAAAACACUGCGCAAUCGCGUGCAGCAGGAUCGGCGGAGGACUGGCUGCCGCGCGCUAUUCUUCAGGGACAUUUUUCGGAGUCUCGUCGUUCUUGUUGAUUUCCGCCGGCGGCGGCGAUCAUGGAGGCGGUGUCCGGCGCGGAAGCGCCCAGAGUGGUGGGCGCGAGCCGCGGCGUGGAGCGCGCGCUGGAAGAGGCGGCGGGCUCGGGCUCGCUCAACCUCAGCGCGAGGAAGCUGAAAGAAUUCCCGACAGCGGCCGCGCACUACGACCUCAGCGACACGGUGCACGCAGAUCUUUCAAAAAAUCGUUUGACGGAAGUUCCUCUUGAAGUCGCACGUCUUGUUUCAUUGGAAACGCUGAACCUUUAUCACAACUGUAUCAAAAGCAUUCCUGACACCAUCAUCAGCCUGCAGUCUCUCACAUCAUUAAAUAUCAGUCGCAACCAGCUGUCAGUGUUGCCGGUGUGUGUGUGUGGUCUUCCUCUGCGAGUCCUCAAUGCCAGCAACAACAAACUCAAUGCUCUGCCGGAAAGCAUUGGCCAGCUCACCAGCCUCAUGGAACUGGAUGUGAGCUGUAAUGAGGUUACGGCUCUCCCGCGCCAUAUCGGACGGCUCAAAGCUCUACGAGAGCUCAACGUGCGCCGGAACCUUCUGUGUGUCCUGCCUGAAGACUUGGCAGAUCUACCUCUGGUAAAGUUUGAUUUCUCCUGUAAUAAAGUUUCCACUAUUCCCAUCUGCUACCGCAAAAUGACUCAGCUACAAUCACUACAUCUAGAGAACAACCCACUACAGAGCCCCCCAGCACAGAUUUGUAUAAAGGGGAAGGUUCACAUCUUUAAGUACCUCACCAUGGAGUCGUGCCGCAGCGACAAGAUGGCCGACGCGCUCUACCUGCCUGUUAUGGACCACCUCAGCCUAUCACGUCCCACCACUGGCAGUACGGAGGACAUUGAUCAACAUAGGAAACAUGACAGUGACUCUGGGGUAGGCAGCGAUAAUGGGGACAAACGCCUUUCUGCCACAGAGCCAUCUGAUGAGGACAGUCUGAGUCUAAAUGUCCCCAUGUCCAACAUCACAGAAGAGGACGGAAUAUGUAAAGACGACUCCAUCGAGCAUAUCAGUUCACUGACAGCAGACCAAAGCCCCUCUGACUCAGGACAGUUUGGCUACAGAGAUUCUGCCUAUACUACACGAUUCCUCAACUACAUCAAGGGUCGAGGUGUUGACUUCGACGAGCCCCUCAGAAUUGAGGAAGACAGUAACUGGGCAGCUGAGCAAUCGUCAAAGGUUAACCUGAUCAGCCCACUGAAAGAGGCUGUGGAGCUGUUGCAGAAUCCUAACAGAAUGAACAUGAGCUCAGCUGAUUUGGCUGGAAUUAAACUCUACCCAGUGGAAAUGGUCACAGUGGACGAAUCUCUUACUGGUCAGGAGAGUGAAGACGGACAGACAACGCCUAAGGAUGGUCCGGAUGAAGGCUGGGAGUUCCAGAGGAAGAGGCAGUAUAUUCUCAAACGGGCUCGCCUGGAGGCCCAGCUUGCGUGCCAGCAGUACACCUUCUAUGUGGCUCAAAAGGGUGAGAUGAUUUGUCAGGCGAAGACAGAUGAUGGUCGAGCAGAGCAAGAGAAUAGUGAAGCCAAGAGCCCAGUGUUUUCACCACCAUUCGGCUUGAAGCCCCGAUCAGCUCCACCCUCUGUCCCUUGCGUGCCUUUGUCCAUCAGUAGAGACACGCCCAGUAGGCCACAUGAUGGAUGCAUUCUGCGCAGUGUUUUCCUGAGAACUCCUAAGAGUCUAGAAUCAGUGGAUCCUCAGUUCACCAUGAGGAGGAAGAUGGAACAACUCAGAGAGGAGCUGGAGCUCAUGGAGCAGCUACGAGAGAGCAUUGAGAGCAGACUGAAGGUUGUGCUUCCUGAAGAUCUCGGCUCCUCGCUCAUGGAUGGGGUGGUGCUCUGUCAUCUAGCCAAUCACGUUAGACCACGCUCGGUCGCUAGCAUCCACGUUCCUUCACCAGCAGUACCCAGGCUCAGUAUGGCUAAAUGCCGCCGGAAUGUUGAGAACUUCCUGGAUGCUUGCAGGAAGAUUGGUGUUCCUGAGGACAAAUUGUGUCUCCCUCAUCACAUUCUGGAGAAGGGACUAGUGAAAGUGGGUAUCACCGUUCAGGCACUGCUGGACGAGGCCUCGGUGAAACAGAACCUCUUCACAUGAACCCUGUUUUAGCUAUUGUUCAUAACCUUGAUGAACCUUAAUGAAACAUUUAUAAUUUUCUAUCCUGAUAUCUGACAUGCACGCAAAUUUUCCAGUCAACGUUUAUUAGCCUCAUAGUCCAGAGGUGAACACAUGGAUAAAACAUUCCUUAUUUAAUAUCUAUUUAUUAAGAAAGAGUAGGGUUUUUUUUUUUUUUAAAAAAAAAAAAGGUCUCGGUCCAUUACUACAGUUUACUCAGUUCAUCAUUUUAUUUUAUUCCACGCAUUAUUUACAAACUAACCCAAGUCAAUUCUGUUAAAUUGUUGUACUGUUAUGUAUAUGGAUCAAAUGGUGUGAAUUUAUGUUAAUAACACGCAGUUUUAAUUGUUCUUGUAAUGCUGAUAGUGACUCUAUUACUCUAUUAGUACACUCUUCUGUGUGUUAUGAGUCCUAACCAAUAUCAGUGAAUAAUGACAGACCUUUGUUUGAAAAAUGUACCUUAACCAAAUUUGAUCUAAAAAAGAAAAAAAAGAACUGCUUAGUAAUGAACUUAGACCUUUGGACUGUAUAUGUAUGUAUGUCUGUGCGCUCUCUCUCUCUCUCUCUCUCUCUCUCUCUCUCUCUCUAUAUAUAUAUAUAUAUAUAUAUAUAUAUAUAUAUAUAUAUAUAUUUAUACAUACAUAUAGAUAGAUAGAGCACAUACUGUAUAUAGAAGAGAUGUAAUUGAAUAUGAAUACAUUAUUUGGACUGAACAGAUAAUGGGAUCUAAACAGAUAUACAAAUAGGAACAAGAGGCACACUAUUGUUUUUUGUUUGUUUUUUAAAGAAAGUUUGACAGAAAGGUUAACACAGCAUCUGGUUGAGACUACAGAUGGGCUUUGGGAAUGGGAUCUCAUUGGACACAGGAAAAAAGUUGCGCGAGCAGACAGUUUUCACUUUCAUUCUCCCUCUAUCACACACACACACACAGAAAGAGAGAAAUUUGAGUUUUUUUUCCUGAGUAAUGUUCCAUUUUCAGUGAGAUUGUUUUAAAACCAUACAGAGUGAUAUUUGGAGAAUUAGAGAGGCAGUGCUGUGUGGAGUGGAAUGGCCUUCCUGGUCACCUAACCUUAUCCUGUCCAGGUGCUCUGCUGGAAUCAGAUCAAGGUGUGUGUGUGAGUGAGUGAGAGAGAGAGAUUUAAAAAAAAAAAUUUAACAAACAACCAGAAAAAAAAAGCUAGGUGUUCUUAAACUUUUGACAGGCAGUGUGUGUGUAUAUUAAUGAGCAGUGAGGACAUGAACGGCUCGUUAACAUUACACACCACACACCUUUUGGAUGUCUCAGGGGAGGUGUGACCUCAGUAGAUUAUAGAAUAUAAAACUAUUUCUGUCUUUUCUCUGCUUAAGUCCAUCAUAUGUACAGUGGGGCUUUAAAGUUUGUGAACCCUUUAGAACUGUCUAUAUAUCUGAAUAAAUGUGACCUAAAACAUUAUUAGAAUUUCACACAAGUGCUAAAAGUAGAUAAAGAGAACCUAAUUAAACAAAUGAGACAAAAAUAUUAUACUUGGUCAUUUAUUUAUUGAGGAAAAUGAUCCAAUAUUACAUAUCUGUGAGUGGCAAAAGUAUGUGAACCUUUGCUUUCAGUAUCUGUUGUGACCCCCUUAUGCAGCAAUAACUGUAACUAAACAUUUCCAGUAACUGUUGAUCAGUCCUGCACAUCGGCUUGGAGGAAUUUUAUCCCGUUCCUCAGUACAGAACAGCUUCAAGUCUGGGAUGUUGGUGUGUUUCCUCACAUGAACUGCUUGCUUCAGAUCUUUCCAAAACAUUUCUUUUGGAUUAAGGUCAGGACUUUGACUGGGCCAUUCCAAAACAUUAACUUCAUUCUUCUUUAACAAUUUUUUGAUAGAAUGACUUGUGUGCUUAGGGUCAUUGUCUUGCUGCAUGAUCCAUUUUCUCUUGAGAUUCAGUUCAUGGACAGAUGUCCUGACAUUUUCCUUUAGAAUUCGGUAAUAGGAUUCAGAAUUCAUUGUUCCAUCAGUGAUGGCAAGCCAUCCUAGCCCAACUGCAGCAAAACAGGCUGAAACCACGAUACUAACACCACUAUGUUUCAAAGGUGGGAUAAGGUUCUGAUGCUGGAAUGCAGUGUUUUCCUUUCUCCAAACAGAACACUUCUCAUUUAAACCAAAACUUCAUUUUGGUCUCAUCCAUCCAUAAAACAUUUUUUCAAUAGCCUUCUGGCUUGUAAACGUGAUCUUUAGCAAACUUUGAUGGGCAGCAGUGCUAUUUUUGGAGAGCAGUGGCUUUCUCCUUGCAACCCUGCCAUGUACACCAUUGCUGUUGUGUUCCCCUAAUGGUGGACGCAUGAACAUUAACGUUAGCCAAUGUGAGGGGGCCUUCAAUUGCUUAGAAGUUACCCUUGGUUCCUUUGUGACCUCACAGAAAAUUACACUUCUUGCUCUUGGAGUGAUUUUUGUUGGUCAAUCACUCCUGAGGAGGGUAAGAAUUGUCUUGAAUGUACUCCAAAAUCUUUAGAGAUGGUCUUGUAACCUUUUCCAGCCUGAUAAGCAUCAAUGUCUCUUUUUCUAAGGUCCUUGAUACACUUCCACAAUCAUGUGUUGUGAAGAUCAGACUUUGAUAGAUCCCUGUUCUUUAAAUAAAGCAGGGCGCUCACUCACACUUGAUUGUCCUCCCACUGAUUGAAAUCACCUGACUCUAAUUUAACCUUCAAAUUAACUGCUAAUCCUAGAGGGUCACAUACUUUUGCCACUCACAGAUAUGUAAUAUGGUAUCAUUUCCCUCAAUAAAUAAAUGACCAAGUAUACUGUUUUUGUCUCAUUUGUUUAAUUGGGCUCUCUUUGUUUACUUUUAGGACCUGUGUGAAAAUCUGAUGAUCUUUUAGGUCAUAUUUGUGCAGAUAUAUAGAAAAUUGUAAAGGGUUCACAAACUUUAAAGCUCCACUGUAUGUGUGCAAUGUGGUGGAAUAAGUGUAACAUGAUUAUUAACUGACAACUAAAUAAUGUACAUUUGAGGGGGACAGAGUAAUAUGUAUGGCUAUAAACUAUACUGAGUGUUUGGGAUUUUGUCUGCACCUAUGUUAUUAGAAGAGUGGGAGUAAUUAUAUGCAUUUUAGACUGUAUACAUAAUUUGGAAUCAUGCUUGAAUGGAUGUUUUUGUUCUUUUCUGAUUAACCCUCUUCACACUAGCAAGGACAAGUCAUUCCUGUUGCUUGUAGUUUGUUUGACUGUUGUUGUCAUUUGUGGGUGUGCACUGUCUUCAGCUGUUUGUUUUUUUAGUUCCUAUGAAAGAUUGAAAGAUGGUUGAUUAUUGAUUUUUUAUAUAUAUAUAUAUAUAUAUAUAUAUAUAUAUAUAUAUAUAUAUAUAUAUAUAUAUAUAUAUAUAUAUAUAAAAGCAAAGCAAGCUAACUGCACUAGCUGCAUACACUUACCUGCGGCACCAAUGAUUUAUGCUACAUCCUUUCAAGCUUAAUGUUUUCCCCAAUGUUCCUAUACACAUUUAAUGAGAGGUCUAAUAUGACAGGAUGAAACCACCAUUAUAAGUUGUUGUUUUUUUGUACAUCAAACAGUAAUUGGGAACCAAUUGCAGGUCGGAACUAAAGUCAUUAGUGGGGAACUGAAGUAAUCUCAGAGCACAUGCACCAUAGGAUUCGAGCCAGUCGUUUGUAUUUUUCGCUUUACGGCAUCAUACCUUAUUUGCAUUGAACUAAGGAAAAUCUCAAUAUGUAAACUCAAAUUUAUUAUAUAAAUCUAUAUCAUGUAUUUCCUUGUACCACAAAGAAUAAUUUUGAGUUUUCAUAAGCAAAUGAGUAAUAGAUUGUUAAGUAAGUAUAUUUUUUUAUUUGUUGUGAAUAAUGUUUGAAUCCUAUAUUUGCACAUGCAUAUCUAUUAAGUUAAAAGACUUUGAUCACAAACUCCUGCAUACAUGGCAACAUACCCUACGUACCUUACUAAACUAAACUAUAAUACCCAUUAUAUCUAACUACACUAACAACGUUUUGUGUUAAAAACAGAAUUUCCUCUAAUAAUCAGGACAGAUUAUACUUUAUGCAAGCAUUGCACUAAUAUUAUUAUUGGGUAUUGUACAAAUAAACUGGUCUUUCAUAUUUUUCCCUUUAGUAGUAGUAAAUUCAGAACUCUGUGAUGAAGAAAAUAUAGCUAACAAAGCCUCGCAAUCACUUUACUACUUAAUCCACUGAAAUUAGCUAUACCACUUCUACAGUUUGACAGGAUGUGGGCAGUAUUACACAAUAUUGAAAUGUUUACUAUAUAUAUGAAAUAGAAAAACAGGGACAUUAUUUUCCAAGUUUGAGCUAUAAUCACAUGGUCUCGAGAAUUUCUAUGGUCCAGUUCAUUGGUUACAUUUAGGAUGAACAUUCAUGACUUAAUAUAAAGCACAGUUUUUUCAGAGACACUAGACAGAUGGACAGGCAGACACAGUUCUCCUGUUUCUUCAGGACUUUUUUUUUCAAUAAAUGUUUGGAAUGUUAAGGGCAGUUAGAGGCUGUACAUUCAGUUAGAACUUAAUUUGCAUGAAAUUUCAGAAAAUCACUCACUCAUGAUUAAUCCUACAAAUGUAUUUGUACAAAUAUAUUUAUUGUGCAAAAACUUUGUGAAAAUUAAUUAUGCAUUUUCUAAGCAUUUUCUAAUUAUGGCUUCAAUUUGUAUAAAACUAUUAAAUCAGUGCAGAAACAAAUUGGGUAAACAGUUGGGGAAAACCUACAAAUUUUCAUGAGACCAGGUUGAGAAAGACGUGCUCUGUAUUGCAAAGCUAGCAAGUUUAUUUUGCAAAAGCAAGCAACAAUUGUGCAAUUUGUUUUUAUUUUUUCCCAACACAAGAUGAAUUAUAAGACUUUAAAUCUUAAAAAGGAUCACUAAUUUAACCAGUAGAGUUUAAAUUUAUUGACUGUGUCAUGUACAAAACAGAUUUUUAUAUUUUGGCUGAAAAAUAGCAAGAGUAGUGUGACGAGUAAGCAAAAUGGUAUUAAAAUCAAUACCAUCUAACACAGAUUUUUUUAUUUAUAAUUCUGAUACGAGUGGAUAUUUUUUUAAGAAUGGGAUAUUUUUGUUACCUGCUGAAUGAAAGUACCUAUAGUUUUAUACUUUUCUUCAAUACCUGUUUUAAUUGUAAAAAGCUUGUAUUAAAUAUGGUUGUACUUUUUUCUUCUUCUUCUA